CAGUGAAGAGAUGCGUAUUGAAAUUUAGCGACCACAAAAAUAAUGCAGAGAUCGAUAUUAUGAAUUUUUUUUCGAAUUUUUUUCACUAAAGGUUUUGAGUGCAUUAAGUUUAAGUUUGUGUUGAAUAUCAAUGAUAAGGUUGCAUUGUCCUAUUUGGGAUGACGUGAUUUUUUUAAUUCUUUAUACAACAUCAUAAGCAAAAAUGGUAUUAAGUAAGGUGGAAGGUUGAACUUCUUUUUUUUCCUUGUUCUCCAAAAUCAAUAAUAUCAAAAAGGAUGAAAUGAUGGAGUCAUUAGAACACGUUCAACCUAUAAAUGAUAAGAAAACGCCACAUGAAGGAAAAUCACGAGGAUGUAAAAGAAGUGAUUUUCAAUUAAAAAGUUUAUUAGGAGAAGGAAGUAUUGGAAGAGUUUAUCUUUGUUCAAAUAUUUUCACUCAAAAUCAAGUUGCAUUAAAGAUUAUUUCAAAAAAAAAGGUUAUGAUAAAAAAUCUUUUAAAGAAUGUUCUUUUGGAAAAAAAUAUUUUAUUAUGUUUAAACCCCCAUCCUAACUUUGUGUAUUUAUUAUCGUGUUUUCAAGAUGACGCUUACCUUUACUUUCAACUUGAAUUAGUUAUGGGUGGCUCUUUAAGUGAUGUAUUAUUUCAUUAUCGCAUGGAUAUUCCUGAAUUACUUAUGUUUUAUUGGGUUUGUGAUGUUGUCAAUAUUCUUAGUCAUUUACGUCUAAAUCAUGUCGCUCAUAGAGAUAUUAAGCCAGAUAAUCUUUUAAUUGAUCAAUACGGGAGAUUAAAAUUAAUCGAUUUUAAUAAUGCUAUUUUUGUUCAUGAUCAAGAUGAUUUCAAAGAUUUAAUCGAUGAAAAGCUUGACAUACAAGACGCAUUAAAACAGGAUAGUGCGAAUGUUAUAUAUCAAUCAACUUGGGACACAUCAUCCAAUAAACAUGAACAAUUCUUCGGAGCUUUACAUUACUUACCUCCUGAAGCUAUUAUUCAUAUAGCACCAGAAAUUUUUUCUUCUAACGAUUUUUUUCAGAAGAAAUUCCUACAGUGGAAACAAAAUAAUAUCGAAAAAAUUGUUAAAGUGGAUAGACCCUAUUCCCCUUAUGCUAUAGAUGUUUGGAAUUUCGGGUGUGUUUUGUUUGAAUUAUUUUAUGGCUUUCACCCAUUUCGUGGAUCCACGGAUAUUGACACUGUAUUUAAUAUAUUAAAUUAUAAUAUGGUAUCUUCGACAUUUUCAACAAGGAUGAAUACAAAAUCUAGUUUAAAAAGUCAAUUAUUAUUUGACGUUAUUAUGGGGAUGCUUAAGAAAAACCCUCUUCAACGUUUAGGUGCUUAUGACCUUCUAGAACUAAAGGAGCAUGCUUUUUUUGUUGGCAUUGAUUUAAAUGUCAUUCCUUAUUACACACUUCGCCCCACUAUUCCUUCGUUAACCACUUUUGUGAACCGUAUAGGUGAUAUCCCCAAGGAGACUCAAAUCAAUGAUUCCCAUACCCCUUCCAGUAUUUCUAACUUGUUACAUGACAAAAUAUGUUAAAAUCAAUUUUUUGACUUUCUAGUCAAAUUCACUUUUUCUUUUUUUUUUCUCGACAUAAGGGAACAAGAUGAACGGAGAAUUCCGAAUGCUUAAUUUUCGUGCCCCCACAAAAUCUAAUUUUUUUUUACCAAAAUAUGUGCUAAAACAAACAUCUAGGCUUCCUACCAAUGAUUUCUUUUUCCAACAUAAUGAUUUACUUGGAUUAUCUUUAAUAAAGCAAAAGCAAUCCAGUUUUUUUUUCUGAACUCCCAUCUUUAAUAACGUCUUGAUUUAUCAGCAAAAAAAUUUAAUAGCAAUAGUCUUGAUAUAUAUGCAAGAAAUCUUACUUGUUGGUAUUUUUUAUCAAUCAAGUCAAUAUAAUAUUCUUGUUGUAACCGGCUAAUUUUUUUAGAAUAUUAUUUAAAGGAGUGUAACAGUUUCACCUUUAGUUUUACACCAAACAUAAAUGGUAUCACUUGAUCGAAUCCUUACACAAUAACAAUCUUAAAAUUGUAAUAAUGAAACACAAAGUGUAUGGUGAAGAUUUUAUGAAUUAUUAUCUUUAUACGUGAAGCAACGUUUUGAUGAUAAUUCAUUGAAAAUACUACGACGUGAAGAACAGUUUUCAAUAUGAAACAUUGUGUGGUAAAGUCAUUACUCUUGUUAUUUUUGUAUUAAAACAACCAAACAUCUUCUGUAUAGAUUAAAUGAUAUGUGAUUUUUUUUGGUUGCUUGCCUCAAAAUACCA